UUUGAGGAGGGUUUUGAAGGAGAGGGAGGGGACUUGGCACACAGGAAGAGGAAGCUGAGGAAAAAGCAUGGAUUUGCGAUUGGGACAGAGGAAAAAAGAAGAUGUGACAGGAGACAAUGUGAGCCAAGAUGUAGGUGGGGCAGACUGUUUAGAAUUGAAAGGUGAGGGUAAGGAAUCCAGGCUUGAUGUGGAAUCAGCCAGUCAAUAGAUUGAUGAUGUUUUAUCUAUGUGUAUGUAUGAAUGUGUGGGAGUUGUGAUUUGUCAGGAGAAGAAAACUAGCUGAAUCUUUAGUACUGUAGAGAAGCAAAAAGGUGGUGAGUGUAGGCAGGUGAAGGGAGAACGAUGUGUGUGUGAAUUCUGCUAUUGGCACAAGGGUUGAAUUUUAGAAAUGAUUCUGGGUUUUGCCUUCCCACUGUUGCAGGUUUAAGGUUACACAAAGGAAUAUUUUAAAAUAUAAGUGUUUUAGCCAAUUGAUGCGUAAGGCUGUUGGGUAAUUUCUACUAAUGUAUUUCUUGAUCGUGCAAUUUCCUGUGCUUUGAUUUAGUGAAUCUAAUUAGCAUAAUGACAGUUUUCCUUAGUAGUGACAAAGUAAUGUUUUGUCUUCUAACUACCAUGUCUCAUUACUUCCUUUCUGUCAAUUUUCUCAGCUUACUUGAAAGGUGAAUUUUAGUAAGAAUAAAAAAAGAAGGAAAUACACUUUUUUAAAGUUACGUGUGUAAAUACCUUCACAGGAGUGAGAUACUGUGGGAAGUGGGGAAUCAGACUGGAUGGUGCCAAGGAACUGGUGCAGAGUUACAAACCCACAGUCAAUAAAGGGACAAUGUCAGGACACGAGGGAGAAGUAGAGAAGACUUCUUUUAGGAGGAUUUUGCUUUUACUUUAUUAAUUUAUGAUGUGUUCAUAUUUGGGCCCUUGACUUUGUGUAUACUGAAUGUUUUGGGGAAGAGUCCUGCUAUUAAAGAUUUACUAGUUUCUGUGAUAUCUAUGAUAUUUAAUGUCCUGCUAUUAUGGUUGACAGAGUAGAUAUCUUACAACCACCUUGAGACAGAUUUCAGAAUUCAUUGUGCUAUAGGGUUCCACUGUUAUUCUCCCAUUUUUUCUUAAUAUUUCUAAAAAAUUUGUAGAAAGGCACAAAUGCAUCUUUUUGAAGGAGGCGAUUCUGUGCUCUUCAAAAGAAAUAUAAUCACCUUAGCAUCUUAGAUGCUAAAUAGUUCUCACAUGUCAGGAACUGUGCAGCUGAGCAAUUGCUCAGCAGGAGUUCAAGGUUAAAAAGCAGAAAGUACCUGUGUCACUUAAGUGCCUAUAUGUUUACUCCGGAGCCAAAAUAAAAAUGGACCCACCGAGUUUCUGGCCAAUUCAGAAUCACAAAAUUGUUGAGGUUGGAAGGGACCACUUGAGAUAAUCUUGUCCACCUCCCUACUCAAGGUUCUCUUCACUGAUUUUAAAUUUACAUGUUAAUCUAGAAAAAAAGUAUAACUAUCACCAUAAUCAAUGUCUCUCUGUUCUGGCUUCUGAAUGUUUAACCUUUGUUUCAUUGUUUUAUGUUUCCUGCUACCCUUUGUAAGCUCGGUGUCUUAAGGAAAAUAUCCAAACAAUAAAAUAAAAUGGGAACAAAAACCCUUUUGUGUUGCACCAGAACAGCUGCCCUUAGAACAGGAUACUUAGUUCAGCGUGGUCCUUGAAGCUCAAUAUCUUCAAAAAGCUUCUGGUUUCAGGGUGCUUAGCUUGACCGAAAAUGAAAAUGCUGUUUAGAAGCUGUUUUGAUGCAGGCUGCGCUUCCUUUGCUUCCCACUUUUAUCAUAAGAUCCAAGCUCCAGCCACGUUACUGAUCCUCUUCAUCCCUUGGCCAGGGUACAGUGUAAGACUUCUACUCUCAGGUCUCCUAACUCCUCACCAGCACAAAUAGCUCAAUCCUUUUUUUGUCCUGCUGGAUGGGCAAGGCUCUGGAUGGACUGGAGCUAAUGUGUGUGCUCGUUUUGGCUGGCCAAAAAAGAGGAUUGGAUAGCUUUGGUCAAAGCUGCUGCAGCAGCAGCAGCCAAGAACAAAGCAGGAAGUAAACCUAGAACCAGCGCAAACAGCAAUAAAGAUAAAGAGGACAGAAAAUGGCUAAAAGUUCCUUCAAAAAAGGAAGAAACCUCAACCUCUGCAAUCAUGCAGGAAGUCCAAAAAAAGGAAGAGGAGCCUACAUCUAGUGAUACAUUUGUAGGAUUUCCUGUAGUGGAUGUUCCAAAGAUGGCCUUUGUGCAGGCAGAGAGCACGUUAUCACACAAGAGGAAAAGUAAUCUAGGCAACUCAUUUCAGGCAAAGAGAGCUCGUCUUAACAAGAUCACUGGCUUAUUGGCAUCCAAAGCUGUUGUUGCGGAUGGUGCUGAAAAAAAGGAAGGCAACAAAGAAACAGCUCCAGUCCUGGAGCAGGAGAUUUCACCUAAACCACAAAGUCAGAAAAAAAAUGAAGCUGAUAUUAGCAGUUCUGCCAACAUUCAGAAACCUGCACUGUUAUCCUCAACUUUGUCUUCAGGAAAGGCUCGCAGCAAGAAAUGCAAACAAGAAUCUGGAGAUUCUUCUGGGUGUAUAAAGCCCCCUAAAUCACCACUUUCCCCAGAAUUAAUACAAGUCGAGGAUUUGACGCUGGUCUCUCAGCUUCCUUCUUCUGUGAUAAAUAAAACUAGUCCAUCACAGCCAGUGAAUUCCCCUAGAUCCUACAAACAUAGCCAACGGAGAAGAAGAUCACAGCGUUUAGCCACUUGCUCCUUGCCUGAUGAUUCUGUAGGAAAAGUUUCUUCUCCCUCUUCAGUUACUGAUGGAAAAGUGUUCUCCAUCAGUGGUCAAAACCAACAGUCAUCAAAAUUGGAGGUACCUGAUGUUGCUCAUAUGUCACUUGAGAAGCGUGGACCAUGUCUCCCUCUUGAUUUAAGCCGUAGUUCGGAAGUUACAGCACCAUUAUCCACAGAAUCCACUUUCCGUAAUGAAUAUCCCAGUAAAGACAAGGAAGAUAUUCAGAUGAUUACAUAUCUUUCUUCCAAAGCAGUAACUGAUGGAAGAGUAGCUACAACAGCGUCAGCACCCUCGUCCCAUGUACAUGCCUUGCAUCUGGAAAUGCCUUUAACCAAUAGUCUAAAGUUACCCAAAGGGAAUAGUAAAAAAAAGAGGUCUUCCACAUCAGUGAGCUCUGAAGGGACAGAGAUACAGUGCUCUGUGCCCAUAAAGGAGAAAUGUUUUGAGAGUCUGAAGGAGAGAAUAUUAAAGAACGUGAUUGAGAAGGACAAGCAUUCAGAAGUUGGUGCAGUGAGAAUGGAAAGAAAAGGAAAACUGGAAGAGAAGAGUUCUUCAACAUAUGGUAAAAAGAAAGAAAAGGAAAAGGAAAAAAAAGAGAAAAAGGAGAAAGAUCAUAAAUCAAAACAGAAAAAGAAGAAGAAAAAAAAGAAGAAAUCUAAACAGCAUGAUUAUUCAGAUUAUGAAGAUAGUUCUGUUGAAUUCUUGGACAGGUGCUCCUCUCCAUUAACACGGUCCUCAGGGAGCUCUCUGACUUUGCGCAGCAUGUUCUCAGAGAAGAAUACAUCAUACCAGUAUCCAAGAGCUAUCUUGUCUGUUGACCUUAGUGGAGAAAACCUUUCAGAUGUGGAGUUCUUGGAUGAUUCCUCUACAGAGAGUUUGUUACUUAGCGGUGAUGAAUACAAUCAGGAUUUUGAUUCAACUAACUUUGAAGAGUCUCAGGAUGAAGAUGAUGCUCUCAAUGAAAUUGUUAGAUGCAUUUGUGAACUGGAUGAAGAAAACGGCUUUAUGAUUCAGUGUGAAGAGUGCUUAUGUUGGCAGCACAGUGUAUGCAUGGGACUGUUAGAGGACAGCAUUCCAGAGCAGUACAUCUGUUAUAUCUGCAGAGAUCCACCAGGUCAGAGGUGGAGUGCCAAAUAUCUUUAUGAUAAAGACUGGCUAAACAACGGACACAUGUGUGGAUUAUCAUUUUUGAAAGAAAACUACUCUCAUCUUAAUGCCAAAAAGAUUGUGUCAACACAUCAUCUACUGGCAGACGUAUAUGGUGUAACUGAAAUACUGCACGGAUUGCAGUUGAAAAUUGGGAUAUUAAAAAAUAAGCAUCACCCAGACCUUCAUCUCUGGGCUUAUUCAGGGAUGCGAAAAGAACAGGAACAAAUAACUGUUGGGGUAGAGAAAAAAUUAGUGACUUUGCCGGAUGCUGUUAAUCCAACUGAAAGGACGUGUCACAGUCAAAACCAUAAAGAGCCGCCCAGUAUACCCCAGAAGAUGGAAGAAACAUACAUCACAAGUGAGCACAGUUACCAAAAACCACAGUGUUUUGGUCAAGACUGCAAAGCAGUCACUGACCCUAUGAGCUCAGAUGAUGAAGAUACAAGUAGUUUUGAGGAAGAUCAGGAAUUUCACACAGAGAAUAAAAACUGUUUACAAUAUUCUUUUAAAGAUGAUGGCAUGAAUGAGCAGAAGAAUUCUGCUGAAGGAAACACUGUGUUUGUUUGUAAUGAAAGAAAAGGCUCAGAAGAACAAGUUGACACACAUCUUCAAUGGCAGCUAAAUCUCCUUACCCAUAUAGAGAAUGUACAGAAUGAAGUCACCAGCAGAAUGGACCUGAUUGAAAAAGAAGUUGAUGUUUUAGAAAGCUGGCUUGAUUUCACUGGAGAACUGGAACCACCAGAUCCUCUGGCAAGAUUGCCUCAGCUCAAGCGACGUAUCAAACAGCUCUUAAUUGACAUGGGGAAAGUACAGCAAAUAGCAACGCUUUGCUCUGUAUGACAAAAGGAAGAAUAAAGAAAUAAAAAUAGGUUCUUCACAGUGAAUUUUCUUACUAGCCACACAAGACUGACAGGAAGACAGCAGAAAGCUGAGCAUUUUUCGGGUUCUUUGCUGAUUACAUUAAUAGCCUGAAGCUUUAGAGAGAGGAGAGGAAAUCUAGAGUAAGGAAGGAAUCUGUUAUAUUGAAAAUCUGAAUAUUCAACAUCCAAGCUUCAAAAUGUAAUAUAUUACAUACUGAGAAAUGUUGAUAUGAUUUUAACAUGAUAAACAAGGAAAUCCCAGCAUAUAAGACAGUUAAACAAAGAACAAUGCUACUAUUUUGAAACCUGUGGCAAAAAAUUCUAAAUUAGCAGAAUUCAGCUGACUAAAAAUUCUUGGGACCUGCUUUUUUAAUAAAUUCCUCUUAUCUUGCUAGUGAAAGGUAGACAGAGAUCUGUAUCCUCUCUACAAGGAAAGUUUUUUAGAUUAUUUCCUUCUCUCAUGAAUGUUCAGGAAAAUGAACAUACUAGCUUUGAUUUUUGAAAGAAAUUGCUUAUCAUGGUCUCCUUUUUAAAGUAUUUUUUUAAAUAGAAAUCCUUAUUACAGCACCCUUAGGCUCCUUUAAAACAUAAGUGGCAAAUAGUGGUCAGAUGUGCCAAAUAAUAUUAAAACCACUGGGAUGAGAGUUUGAUUAUGACUUACACGAAGGGUUCUUUUCCAAAGUCCUACUCGGUGCCAGCAAUCCAUCCAAAAGUGUAUCUAGUUUAUAUUUUUUUAUGUUAUAUUGCAGUAUUCAGGAUUCAAGGUACAAUUUUUUUCCUGGGUAGCUCUGUUCUGGUGUUGGCCCUCUGAAACUUUACCAUCCUCAGCUGGGAUGAGGAAUGACAAGAGCUGCAAAACUGUCUGUGGCUGUGAAUAUACUAAACCACUAGAAUAAAUAUCACAAGAUACGUUAUCCAAGAUGUUUUUAUAAAAUCUUUCAGCUUCAGUGAAUGAAACUUCAUGAAACCAAAGGCAACCUACUUGCUCUGUUAGCUCUUGCUGGAUUUUAAGCCCAGGACUUUCCCUGUGCUUAUAAGUUGCCGCUGUACCCAGUGCUACAUACAUAUUUGUAUGUAUAUGUGUAUAGAUACACAUGUACAUAUAUACAUACUGUAUACAUUUAUAUCUACACAUGUCUAGUUUUAUUACGAUAGACUAUAAGAACUGGUGGUUAACAUGAAAUGUUACCUUUUAACAAGCAGUUUCUAAAAUUGAAAAUAAUGUAUGUACAGGUUUUGAAAUUUGUAAAAUAUGACUGUUAAAAGGAGGCUAUUUAACUGAUGACAUUAAGAUACUUGAACAUUUUAUGCCUCACGUCUGUUUAUCAGUUCUAGUUAUCUGUAUAAAUGCAUUUUAGAACCGAUAGACAGUAAACUUGAAUUUACCUUUUGAUAAGAGUACAAGCCACUGUACAUUCAAAAAUUAUUUAAAUUUGCAAACACACUGUUCUAUAUGUAAGGUACUGUAUGUAAAACUGUUUAUUAAAACUAUUCUGCAUACUCUACAUUUUCCACUUUUCUUCCUGAUCUACAUGCAAAUGUAAAAAAGAAGUGAUUGUUAUAAUAUACAGACCAUCGAAAAUCAAAAAAAUCUUGGAAUGCCUUUUGAGGAUGCAUAAAAUUGAGAAAUGUGCCAAAGAUGGAUUAUCCGGGAAAGACUUUGCAACCAGGGCAUUGAACUUUCAUGAUAAAACCAUUAUUGAGAAAGAAAGCAGCAUGGCUGGUUCAUUGCUAAAAUAAACCUACCCUGACCUUUCCUGGCUGUCUAUCAUAUCUGAAGGGAGUUAGUUAGCACUCUUGAUGUCCAAAGCAAAAUGAAAACCCCUGUUACAGAGUGGUUGCUAUUUAAAAAGUCUUGCCACAUCAAGCUUGUAGGAGACAUUACAGAGCUGUAUGGUUACGUGGAAGUUAAUUAUGGGAUCAUGAUUGGCAACUUCAUCAUGCAGAAAGAACACAAGAGCUGAGGAGUUGUUGACAUUUUUAUAGCAACUGUUAAUAAAUAAAUACUCUGUGUUAUAUAGCUGGAUGCUUAAAUAACUGCUUCAAACAAUA